AUGCCUCCGUCAGCAAUACACAACAGGCCCUUAUCCCCUCUUAAACAGCGACAGCUAUCCAAUGGACCUCACUUUACAAAGUUAUAUGGCUCUCAAGACUAUACGCCAUUACCAAGCUUUGACCAACGCAGCAUGACGGGGAGUGAUUAUUUUCAAACACCCCUACUUCAGGAUACAACCCAAAAAGUUAUCAAAUUGUAUCGAUCUGAGCUCGGGCAAAGUUCCGAGAAGUUUCUUCACAGCUGCAAAUCUAUAGAAGGCUUCUUUGACUUUGUGGCUACUAUUCGAUUAUCACAGAUGCCACAUCAUGGUAGCCGCUGGGAUAAGAUAUUGAAAUGGGCAGAGUUCUUUACCGGUCAGGUCUCUACAUACAGUGAAGAGGUUUCCUCUUUCACAGCACAGAGUGAGCAAGCAACGAACAUCAUAUAUGCAAGCUACUCGAAUUUCAGUAUCCGUGCCUUCGAUGAAAUGUUUGGCCAAAGCACAGAUGAAUUCUUCAUGCACAGCGAUCGCUUUGUAGAUAAGAUCUGGUCAACUAGACUCGAACGCCUAGCUGAGCCUGGAGACGAUUCUGUGGAGGCUGUGAGAAACUUUCUGACUCCGCACGAUCGAGUUACACGAAUCCUUGCAACUACUCGCCGCACCCAUGGAUCAAGAGCUGAUUUCACAUGUGAAUGGUUUGAUAGACCCUUGGGAGAAUUUCUACGAGGCGGAAAGAAUCUUUUUAUGAUAACUGGACCCGCUGGCUCAGGGAAGUCCGUGCUUUCCGAGUGGGUUGUUGAAAGACUCCAAGCCUUCAAAGGUCGCCGAGCGACUGAGGUGAUUCGCUAUACCAUUGAUGGAGCCUUGAAGACAGAGUUAUCGACUCUCAGCAUCGUCAAAGGACUCUUGCUACAAAUGCUUCAGCUCAGUGCUGGUGAUAAAGCUUUGUAUAAGGAAUUGUUUCACGCAUAUGAGUUGCAUAUCCAAGGAAAUUCGAACACCAAAGUUGAAGACUCGCUGUGGGCUGCUUUAGGUCAGAGUCUUCGAACGGACCGUGGCCAGACAGUCGUUAUUGAUGGUUUCGAGCAAGUGCAUGGCGGUGAAGGUAAUGGACUCGUCCUACUGGAGAGAUUGAGGACUAUUGUUUCCAAACAUAAGAACACUAAAUGCAUCAUAUUCUCUCGACCUCUCAACAAACCAAUUCCAGGAGACUGUUCUCAGCUUUCAAUCAGUGCUCAGCAUACAACUCAAGAUUUGCAAUACUUCAUUGAGUCGCUUCUAUUCUCAACAAUGAACCUGAGCCAGAGAGAAUCUGCUUUGGUUACAGCGAAGCUUUUGCAGGCAGCUAAUGGUUCAUAUGUAUGGACUCAAAACGCAGUCGAGAUUCUCAAGAAAGAACAGACAUUAGAGUCCAUAAUGAAGCGGUUGGAUACUCUUCCCAAGGAUCUAGGGAAGUUGCUCGACAUCAUUAUGUCCUCUAUUGACCUCAAGGAUCGGGACACAAAAUCAAUUCUUGCUUGGCUCCUGGCAAGCGAGCGUCCUUUGCUCAUCAGUGAAGUCAAACAACUACUCGAGAUUGAUACCGGAUCUUGUCAGCAUGUCCAGAGAGUAACCCGUACUGAAGAUGAUAUUACCGCUGCCGUUGGGCCAUUGAUUAAAAUGGAUGAUGGCUUUGCCCGAUUCUCUCAUGAUCUUGUGAAGCAAAACAUCACUCAAAGAUCAAUGUCGAUUUUAGAUUACAAGAACACUGGCGCCUUUCCCUUUCACAUCAAAGAAGCCCAUUAUGACUUGGCACUGAGAUCUUUGGCUUAUGUCAAAGCCACUCUCACCAGGCGCUCGGCUCAAUUAACGUUUACCACCAUUUCUGAAGAGGAUUUAGAUGAAUUAUUUCAAAAAUAUGAAUUCAUUCAAUAUGCCUCCAGAUAUUGGAUAGUGCACUUGGCUGCAUCUCCUUUGAAUGAAGGAGCACAGCAAAAGCUUACACCUGGGUUUAAAACCUGCUUUCCCGAUUCCGUCCUUUUGUCAAUGUUCGAAGGAUCCUGCUGGGAGUACCAAUUUCCACUUGAAGACGCUCUGAGUAAAUUGCAGUUGGCUCUAUCCGUACGAAAAUUGGUGCUUGGUGGGACUUCAGCGUCUGUGCUUCAAACUCUACUCAAUAUUGCGCGAUUGGGCCAUAUUAGUACUUCUUCAAACGUGGAGCAUUACUAUGAUGCAUGGAAGCUAGCGGAAGCCCUUCAUGUUUCAUCGAUUGCCUUCAAGUGUGCCCAACAAUACAUUGAAAGAACGUCUUCAAUUACUAUUACCGAGAAGAAUGAGGUUCUUGUACGAAAAACUGAGCUUCUUGAGUACAUCAUUAAGGUGCAGAGAUCCACCAAUUCAGUCAGCCAAGGAACCAUAACAUAUGCGGAGUCUCUUAUACAGAUUUACGUUUCUACCCACCAGACAUCCAAGGUCUCUGAAUGGCAAAAAUACACAUACGAGUUGAAUGUAACGGUUUAUGGAAAAUCAGCCCCACAGACUAUUAAAUCGUGGGAAAUCAUUUCAAGGAGCUCGACUGAAAUCUCCAAGGUGGACCAGUAUACCAGUACUCUAGAACAAGAAUACGAAAUCAGUGUUCGGAAAAUGAGUGCAGCCGAUACAAAGCGUCUCGAAUUAUCAUGGGCCAUGAUUGAAAAGUGCGAAAAGGAGAAAAACACCGUCAAAACGGAGGAGAUACUGAUUAAUCUUUGGCAAAGCUUGACAAGUUUGACACAAACUUAUGACGUCUCCAUCCAAGAGAAGAAGAUUGAAGUUGCUCUCCGCUAUGUCGAAUUUUUAAGACGAGAACAGAGAACAGUUGAAGCAGAGAUUAUACUUCGAGGUAUUCACAUUGACCUCGAACAUAGUGACAUUCAAUCUACUACUUUGAUCAAGCAUACUAAAUUGGUAGGUGAUCACUUGCGAAGUAUUGGGUCGGUGGCAGCAGCUCGUCUGGUUUUUAGUAAUCUCUGGGAAUAUUACGUCAGAAACGGCAGGCAGGAAUCAACGGAGGCCAUAUCUGUCUCUAAGAGCCUAACCCAGAUCACUGAGACAAAGACUGAAGAAACUACAUGGGAUAUCACGACCGUUCGUGAGGUUUUCGAAAGAACUAUCGUCAAUAAAACCACCAAGACAAUCGAUGCUACCACGAUACGCCAAGCUACGUCCUUAUGUUCUACUUACUACUCAGAGCAGCGAUGGUCCGAGAUAACCCAAGUGACGAACUCGACUUUGCUUCGAAUUUGGCCAUCAUUUUCAGGUAACAACGUCAAUGUAUCUUUACCAACCAAUUUGGCUGCGGAGAUUUUAGAGCUGCUCGAUCGAUUAGCCUUCGCACACUCUAAGCUACGCCAGAUUGAUUUGGCAGAGGUUACCUAUCGAAAAAUUCUAUACGCCGUCAUAGCAACUACAGAGACCUCAGAUGAACUCUUGGAAUCGACAUCUAACAAACUCAUCGAUUUCUACGAGUCACAUUCUAUGACUGCCAAACUCAUCAUUGUUUAUCGGGAUCUUCACCAUGAAAUUGAAAAGAGACAUGGUAAGACACAUACAUGGACGAUCAAGACUUUGUAUCUGUUGGGUGGUUUAAGCAUGCAAAUCUACAAUAUCACAGAGGCAGAAACUGCGUAUCGCACCAUACAUGUCAACUUGGGCAAUGGGAACACGGAAAUCUGUCACAAAGAUGCGCUUCGGGCGGCUUCAAAACUUUGCGUUAUCUAUGAGCAACAACGCCAGUACGUGCUUGCUCAAAAAAUAUGUAGUUCUCUCUGGCAGAUGCUUGUGAAGCAUGGAAAAGAAUACGAGAUUAAAUCAGAUUUUGCCGAAGAUCUGUAUCAGAGAUAUGUCCGUGUCGUUAGACAAGCCUCAGAAACGCACCAUACUCUUUUACGCCACCUGGCUGUUGACUUCCGCAAAGCAUGUGUGACAUUCUACGGCGUCCACGAAGAGGUCACGAUUAAGUCCACACUCCAAGUCGCUGAGCUUGAUGAGCAUAGUGAGCAGUAUCGUGAAGAUGCUAUAUCCAUGUAUGAGGACGCCGACUCCAAGGCUCAUGAAGCUCCAAAGGGGCAAAUCACGGAGACGACCCUCCAAGCUGUGCUUGCUGCCAAGAAGCGUCUACCUCAUCUCUACUCCAUCUCUAAACUCUCCACGUCCACGAAAGCUAUUGCUUUAUACAGACAGGAGUUCAACAAGUUCUAUACGGAGAAAGGAUAUGCCCAUCGUUAUACGCUACUUUGGCUUGGACAUUUGACCAAGGCGUUGGCAACGCAAGAUAAGCCAGAAGCGACCACUGAGGCUCAACAAACUCUUCAGGUUUCGGUUAUAGAAAUUCUCAAGUCUGAGAAGAAUUCUCAAAUACUGUCAGACUCAGCAGCGACACUUGCAACAAUUUAUAGGAAUGCGGGAUUGGAAUCCGAAGCAAAGAGAUUAAUGAACCAAGUUCGCACACAAGCGAUAUUUGCUCACUCUAACCUAGAAAUGGACCCCAAGAUCAAGCUCGAGAGCCAUACCUGGGUUUUCUUUGUUUCUUUUGAGUCAACCAUCACCGGAAGAAAAGAGCUCUACUCAUCGAUGAUGGCUGGUCUAUUCAUGGAAGCCUUUUUGUACCAAAUGUACCAGCGAUCGAUCGCGCAGAAGAUGUUCUUCACAACUGUCCUCUCAUAUGCUUCCAGACUCCUCGCUUUUUUGAAAGAGGUAGAAGAUGACGCGGGACUUGAGAUUGCCGAUAAAUCAGUUCUGGAAUACUUUGCAACCAACCUAGAAGUCAAGAAGAACUUGUGUAGCCACAUCCUUCGCGAGUUCUUGCACAUUGUUCUUGUCAACCUCAAUGAUGGUGAAGCCGAAAUCUCCAUCCUACAAGCAGGUAUCGAUGCAACAAGUGCUUACAUGGACAAAAGCAAAUUUACAGAGGCACAAGAACUUGCUGGAUAUGUCGACUUCUUCCAGAAGUUCUAUGGGGGCUACGACACUCUGCUCAAGGUAGACAUGGGUCUACGAUUAGCCCAUGUCUUGGUUAGUAGUGAAACUAAGCUAAAGAAAGAUCCUCAGCUUCGUACCUCGUCGGUGGCUUUGUCUGGAUCUAUCAUGAAACAAAUCAUCAAGCGCUUGCGUGCCGGCAAGCUUCAAAUUGUGGAUUUACCAAUCGAACAGCUCAAUACUGCAUGUGGCUUGCUUGGAGAAACACAAGAUUUAGAAUCACUCGAGUGGCUUCUCACUCAACUGUGGAACUCCCGCCACUCACAACCGUCCUGGUCCUCUGCGACAAUCGUUCACAUCGGUCGUCUCCUUGUCGAAACGCAAUUCUCCAGCAACCACCAAGAACAAGCCAUUCAUCUCCUCGAAGACAUGUGCUACAACGUCCGUCGUGUCUGGGGAGCACUCGAUCCCACUACCCUCGAAAUGCAAAACCUGUUAUCUGCAUUCUAUACCUCGUCUCCAAAUCCUAAUCUCACAAAAGCAAUGCGUAUCCAUGAAGAUAUUCUCCGCAGUACCGUCUCUGAUGCUGGAGAUGAAUUGCCCAGUAAUGAAGUAUGCGUCAUUGCUAUUGCACAACUUGAGUUAUUGAAGAGAGUUUACUGGAGAAAGGGGACAUGGGAUAAAGACGUGAGUAUUUAUGUAGAUCUUUGGAGACAAGUAGAACAAGAAUUUGAGGAUGAACAUGCGUGGAAAGAGGCAUCAAAGGCCCUUAAAGGUGUUGAUAAGUGGAGUGUUAAGAAGGGCGAGAAAGGGGAGAGAGAUAAUGAGCUUGGGAUUUGGAAGAGGCCGGAAAGUUUCGAAUUCAUGACGGCACAAGAGGGAACGAGGCAGCAUUCAAAUAAGUUGAGGAAGACUAGUAGUAUGUGGGGAUUCUCGGGCUAUAUUCAUAAUCAUGAGAGGGAAAGACAAGGUGUUUGA